AUGCCCAUGUACCUGACUCAGGCUCGUUCGCCUCCGCAAUCGGCUGGGCAGCCAAGAGAGUCGCAGGAGCCCACCAACAACGAGAGUCGGCUGGUCGACCUGUCGCCCCAUCGUGAUCUGUUGCUACGGCAACUGGCCUCCUCUCUGACUGCCUAUGCCCCUGACGUCGAGGUCUCGGCGAAGGUUGGAGACGCCUCAGGCCAAGUUCAGGCGUCUAAUCUACCGGCUCCUGGCUAUGCUGCCGUCGGUGUCAAGAUGGGCGUCGCGAAGGAUGGCAAUCACCAUGGUGAACCACAUCUCGAGGUACCACUCUCAGCCAUGUUCACAGAUCCGCUCCCCAAAAUGGGCAGUCGUGAUACAGUAUCCUAUUUCGAUUCCACACUCGCCUGUCGAGAGGAUCUUCUCAUCAAUCCACCCGUCUCCAAACCAGGCGCUCUUCUCUUAGACGAUGCCUUCACGACGGUACCAGUUGCCAUAACCACCGGAGGACAAGGCUUCGCUGAGACGCACUGCAGAACCAAUCAAGAGUCGACAUGUAAACGGAAACAGAACAGCGAAUUGGACAGAAUGGCUGAGGCUGACACUAAGAGGCAAAGUGUUUCUGAGACAGGCAGAAGUCAAACGGAACCGCGAUCUUGUGAGACCAGAAAUGCAUGGCAUCGGUUACGAACGCGUCGGGCAGGCCGAAAACACAAGCGUUUCUCGGCAAAGAGCACGUGGAUUUGCGGCUUCUCGAGCUGGCAGAAGAACCGAGAAAGCGGCUCGACAAGGACGAAAGGAAGCACGAGCAGAACGAUCUACCAGAGCCAGGCGAUAGCAGAUGCAAGCCGCUGCCGGUCGCAGAACAAGAUAGCCGAGAACACCGAGAAAAGUGAAAAAACUGGUCUUGAAUUCGAGGACUCCAGGCGAGGAGAGAUGCUGCACGAAGCUGGAGGGGACGAGAAAGAGAAAAAUAAGGCUGAGGAGGAUGGCAGCUGGGAUUUUGGCGCAAAGCAUGAAGUUGACAAUAGGGCAAAUACUGUAUCUAAAAGUUUUGCUCAGUUGAAAGCGUCUAAAUCUCUGGCAGACAUUUGUGGCGUCAAGGUUGUGCUCUGUCUGCCAAACUCUCGAGAGGGUACAGACAAAGGGGUCAUGAGAAGCGAGGUCGAGUCGGCCAGACACGGUGCAAAAGCUAACGAGCCUUUCAAGCGCAAGCUUGAUGACGAGAAGUCGAUCGAAACCAAGCCAGCGCAGGAGGUUCAUGAGAGAUCCAGACCCCACCAGAAGGAUGGACAGUCGAGCACCGAAGAAGCAAAACUAUCGGAAGCCAGGUAUAAAACCAGUGACGUAAGAGGGUUUGGCGGAAGAGGUGAUGUGGUUGCGAAUAAGGCGAAACAUUCUGUAGCAGCGAAGAAGAGCAGAGAAGAGGAGGAAGAAAAGGCAGGUAAAACGAUGACAACUGUAAAACUUUUGACGAAGAGACCUUCGGAAAUCUGCCAAGACGACACAGACGGAGACAGCAGAGUACAAUACACAAUUCGACACUUUCUCAGCUAA